GCAGCAGGCAGCAGUUGUGCGGCUGCGCAGAUGGGUUGUUGUAGUGUCACGUAGCCAUGGCGAGUCGAAAACCUUUGCAGCCAAACCGAGUAAACGGAGACAAGUACUCCGUCCUGUUACCGACAUACAACGAAAGAGAAAACCUUCCUCUGAUCGUGUGGCUCUUGGUGAAAUAUUUCGGAGAAAAUGGAUAUUAUUAUGAGAUCAUCGUCAUUGAUGACGGAAGCCCAGAUGGGACACUGGAGGUGGCAGAGCAGCUGCAGAAAAUUUAUGGCGAAGACAAAAUACUUCUGCGACCGAGAGAGAAAAAACUAGGUCUUGGCACAGCCUACAUCCACGGCAUGAGGCAUGCUACUGGCAACUUCAUCAUUAUAAUGGAUGCAGAUCUGUCCCACCAUCCAAAGUUUAUCCCUCAGUUUAUCAAAAAGCAGAAGGAAGGUGAUUAUGAUCUUGUGUCCGGCACUCGAUACCAAGGAAAUGGAGGUGUUUACGGCUGGGACCUGCGCAGGAAGCUAAUCAGUCGAGGGGCCAACUUUUUGAGUCAGGUGUUGUUGAGACCUGGUGCGUCAGACCUAACAGGAAGCUUCAGGUUAUAUAAGAAAAACGUCUUGGAGAGUCUGGUGGAACGGUGUGUGUCCAAAGGCUACGUGUUUCAGAUGGAGAUGAUCGUCCGAGCCAGACAGCUCAACUACACAAUCGGAGAGGUGCCCAUCUCCUUUGUGGACCGAGUUUACGGAGAGUCCAAACUUGGAGGGAAUGAGAUUGUUUCAUUCGUGAAAGGACUGCUUACACUGUUCGCCACGACAUGAUCAGCGGUGUGCUUUCACCAGAAGGUUUCUUCAGGUUCCUGCAGUUAUACAGUGACAUGACGACAAACAAGAAAGCAGAUAUCUGACCGUGUUAGGCGUUUAAUGCUAAACAGUGUCCUCUGUAGCCUUAAGGACAUUGAAGGAAGACAAAGCUUUACAUUCCCAUCAUCCCUUUGAGUCUGUUUUGGUGUCUCACCAUUCCCAUGUCUGAAUGUGUACGGAACCCUGCAUUAACAGGUUCACAGAUUAGGUGUUGUUUGUAUAAAAUAAACAGUUUAUAUUCCUGCCA